GGAAAAGAGACUCUAGAGAGAGAGGGAAACCGAAAGUAACGUCACUCAGAAGCCGUUAUAAACGGAGAGAAGAUUCACUCGACAAGGAAAAUGAAGCUGAAGCACAGAAAGAUUCUGUAAACUAACCCUGGUCAUCUUGAUGAAGAUGGACAUUUCAGAUGUUCUUUCUAAAAACUGAAGACAAAGUCAGGAAAAGUUCCAGUCAUACAAGAUGGCAAACAAUUCUGAAGUGUUGCAGGAUAUAACUGAUAAACGAGAUCAAACUGGUCGAGUCCAGACCACCAAACCUCAGAAUGAACCAGUCCAGAACUCCACAGCUCAGACCGGAGGAACAGUCAAUGCACUUCUUCUACAUGAAAGUUUGUUUAACGGACCAGUUAAUAUCAACAUUGUAGCUGACUCUACGCACAGAGGUGGAGACAGAAGUGAAAAGGAAACUGGUAAGACUGCAGCAGCCUCCUCCAUUGCAGCUCAGACUGGAGUCUCAGUUAGUGCUCUCACUGCAGCAGCUAAAGAAGAUGGAGAUGUAAAAGAUGCACUGAAAAGAAAUUUUGUGGCAAAAAUUGCAAAGCUGUAUGACAGGACUUCACUAGAGGAGAGUAAUUUGCUUUUGAAAGACAUUUACACUGAACUAUAUGUGAUUGAAGGCUGCACAGGAGGAGUGAACACUAAGCAUGAAGUGAGACAGAUAGAAUGUUUUUAUCCCAAAAUAGAGGAAACACCAAUCAAGUUCAGUGACAUUUUCAAAACACAAUCCAAUCAAAAUGUGCUUGGUACUAAAGUACUUACAUUGGGAAUAGCAGGAGUGGGGAAAACGGCCUCUGUACACAAGUUUAUUCUUGACUGGGCUGAAGACAAAUGCAACCAGGAUUUAGAUUUCAUUCUGUUUUUUCCCUUUCGGGAACUGAACGUGAUCAAAAAGGAACGGUACAGCCUCUGGAAUCUUCUACUUUACUUCCAUGAUGAGUUCCAUAAUGCGGAUGUAAAGAUCUUGAAUGACAAGUGUAAGGUGGUUCUCAUAUUAGAUGGACUGGAUGAAAGUAAACUUAAUCUAGAUUUUAAUCAAAAGAAACUAUCUAAUGUAACAGAAGAGACCACCAUUGAUAAACUAAUAACAAACCUCAUCAAAGGAGAGCUGCUUUCCUCUGCUCUCAUCUGGAUAACCACUCGACCAGCAGCAGCCAAAAAGAUUCCACCCAAAUACUUUCAUCAUGUGACAGAAAUACGUGGAUUUAAUGAUCCACAGAAGGAGGAGUACUUCAGGAAGAGAAUCAGGGAUGAAGACCAAGCCAGCAGAAUCAUUUCACACAUUAAGACAGCAAGAAGUCUCCACAUUUUAUGUCACAUACCAGUCUUUUGUUCAAUCUCAGCCACUGUGCUUCAGGAAAUGUUGAAGGAUGACAAAGACAUGAAGAAUGCUCCGACAACUCUUACAGAAAUGUACACACGUUCUCUGCUGUUCCACACAAGGCAAAAGAACGAUAAAUACAGCACAAUGCAACAUGAAGACAGUACAGUCCCACCAGCUGAGAGAGACAGACUGAGAGUAGAGGGCAUACUGAAGCUUGGAAAACUAGCUUUUCUUCAGUUACUAAAAGGACAACUCAUAUUCUAUGAGAAGGAUCUGAAAGAAUGUGGCAUUGAUGUUGAUGAAGCUGUAGUGUACUCUGGAGUUUGUACACAAAUCUUUAAAAAGGAUGAGAAGAUUUUCUGUUUUGUGCAUUUGACUUUCCAGGAGUUUCUUGCUGGCGUCUUUGUGUUCCUCACAUUCAGUCAUGAAUGUAACCCACUCCUUCAAACCAUAAUGGAGAAAAUAAAGUGGAAGUUUAAACAUACACUGGGUGAUCUUCUCAAGACAGCAGUGCGUAAGGCCAUGAAGAGUGAAAAUGGACAUCUAGACCUUUUCCUCCGCUUCCUUUGUGGCCUCUCCCUGGAGUCCAAUCAGAGGCUCCUUAAGAGUCUCCAGCCAGAAAUGGACAUCAGAGAAGUGAGCCUAAAGGCCAUUGUAGACUACAUUAAAAGAAAGAUCAAAAAGAAAAAAUACUCUGAGAAGAGCAUCAAUCUCUUCCAUUGCCUGAGUGAACUGAAAGACAAUUCACUGACACCUGAAAUUCAGAAAUACCUGAACUCAGGAAAUCUCUCAACACAGAAACUGUCAUCUACACAGUGGUCAGCUCUGGUGUUUGUGUUGCUGAUGUCAGAAGAGACUCAAGAGAAGUUUGAGCUGAAGAAAUACAGGCCAUCAGAUGAAGGACUGAGGAGACUACUGCCAGUGGUGAAAAACACAAGACGAGCAUUAUUAUCUGGUUGUAUGAUCACAGUGAAAGGCUGUUCUUCUCUGGCUUCAGCUCUGAGUUCAAACCCCUCACACCUGAAUGAACUGGAUCUGACCUACAACCACCCAGGAGAGUCAGGAGUGAAGCUGCUCUCUGCUAGACUGGACGAUCCACACUGCUCACUCAACAUACUCAGACUUGCUAUGUGUAAACUCAGUCAACAGUCCUGUAACAUACUGCAGUCAGUUUUACAAACUGAAACCUCCUCACUGAAAGAACUGGACCUCAGUAACAACAACCUGCAGGAUUCAGGGGUGGAGCUGCUCUCUGCUGGACUGAAGAGUUCGCAUUGUAAACUGGAGAAACUCAGACUAUCUUUGUGUAACUUUGGGGAAAAGUCUUGUGAAAAUCUAGGAUCUGUUUUACAAACAGAAACUUCCUCCCUAAAAGAGCUGGACAUCAGUAACAAUGAGCUUCAUGAUUCAGGAGUGGAGCUGCUCUCUUCUGGACUGAAGAGUUCAUGCUGUAAACUGGAGAUCCUCAGAUUAUCAGGAUGUAUGGUCAGGGUGGAAGGCUGUUCUUCUUUGGCUUCAGCUCUGAGUUCAAACCCCUCACAUCUGAAAGAACUGGAUCUGAACUAUAAUCUCUUUGGAGAGUCAGGAGAGAAGCUGCUCUCUUCUAGACUGAAGGAUCCACACUGCUCACUCAACAUACUCAGAGUGGAAAAUCAGGGUGAGAUGAGAAUCAGACCAAAGAAAUAUUCCUGUGAGCUCACUCUGGAUCCAAACACACUGAACAGAUUUCUCUCUCUCUCUGACGGGAACAGAAAGGUGCAGCGUGUGUGGGAUGAUCAGUCAUAUCCGGAUCAUCCAGAGAGAUUUGGUAAGUGGUAUCAGGUUCUGUGUAGACAGAGUCUGACUGGACGCUGUUACUGGGAGGCUGAGUUGAACGGGUGGAGGGUUGAUAUAGCAGUAACAUAUAAAUCAAUCAGCAGGAAAGGAGACAGUGCUGACUCUGAGUUUGGAGCAAACGAAAAGUCCUGGAUUCUGAUCUGCUCUGAUAAAAGUUACUCUGUCCGUCACAAUAAUAAGCUCAUUGAACUCUAUACUCGUCCCUCCAACUGUAAGAGAGUAGGAGUGUAUCUGGACUAUCCGGCCGGCACUCUGUCCUUCUACAGAGUCUCCUCUGAUAUACACACACUGACACACCUACACACAUUCUACACCACAUUCACUGAACCACUCUAUGCUGGAUUUUGGGUUGGUUCUAACUCCUCAGUGUGUUUGAGAUAA